CGAGAAUUCAAACGAGAACAAAGAAAAUCUAUCAAAUCUUAAAAUUACACCAAGAUGGCAGGACGUGGAUUUGGUAGUCUGAGAGGGCAGACCAACAGUUCAGAUCCAGCUCUGCUGAAGAGCCGAGUCUUUAUUGGAAGCUUACCUACAGAUAAGAUAGAUGACAAAACUGAACUACAAAAGUUAUUUGAUCCAUACGGGGAGGUCCUUGGUGAGCUGUUAUGACGAGACUUUUCUUGUGGUUUAUUUUGAACUUUUAAUAUUGCAUGUCAUUUUUUUGAAAUAUCAUAUUCUCUCUAAAACCACACAACCCCCAAAGAGCACACAUAGGACUUUUAUGAAGAAUACAUUCUCCAGAAAGUUGACUUUCCAGCAAAUGAUAUUUUACUCCUUUUGUAUGAAUGCUGUAAUUUAUUCAAGGGUUUUGGGUUUGUGCAGUUUGUCAAAGAAGGUGAUGCAAAUGAAGCUGUUGCUAAGCUAAAAGGAUCUGUCUUCAUGGGAAGCAGACUUGAUAUCAAGAUGGCUGCAGAGGGGAGGAAGAAAAAAGAGCCAGAGGCUGAUGAAGAUCGGGGAUAUGGAGCUAGAGGUGGCGCUAGUAGUUAUGAUGACUAUGACAGAGGUGGUUUUGAACGGCCCGCCAGGGGGCGUGGUAGAGGCAGACCAGAUGACAGAUCAGCUAGAAGUCGUUCACCAAUAGCCAGAGACCCCUAUGCUGAGAGGGACCCUUACGCAGAAAGACCAGCACGUACCAGGCCAUCACCAUAUGGCAGAGGACGUGACCCAUAUGAUGAGAGCCCUCUACCUCCUCCCAGGAGAGCUCUCCCACCUGUCGACCCCUAUGAUCCAUAUAGCAGGCGUGACCCAUAUGCUGCCGCAGCUAGAGACCCCUACAGGACUGCUGCUCCCCCAGCAGUGCCCCCUACCCCCACAAUAACCAGACCAAUGUAUGAUGCUGCAAUCAUCUGUAUCAACAAGCAGCAGAGGAAUUAUGGUGAAAUGAUAGAACGACGCCUGAAAAACAUCAAUCUGGUCACAAAUCUUCAAAUUCUAGAAGAUGUGAGCGAAUUAGGAUCUGCUGUCGAAAACUGCCAGCGCAAGAAAUUUUUAUAUUGUCUCACAAUUACGAGCCAGAAUGAAAUACACAGAUCUCUGACCCUGAAUAUCAUUCAUGGCACUCCACAAGAGCAUCGCAAUAUGCCACUGGAUGAUGCCAUGACGCUAGUUGCAAGGAAUUUCAGCAAAUAUGAAGAAAGUUUGAGAGAAAAGGCAGGAUCUGCAGCCGCGGUUCCCCGAGCUCUCCCCGAGUUCAAACCGCCCAAUGCAACGGUAUCGUAUUUGUUAAAUCUUUUGGCUGACAGUCGUCAGUUGACAGAAGAGGAGCUGACGAAGGUCAUUGAUUAUUUGACUGAGCGCAGAAAUCAGUUUAUAGUUGCAAGAGGGGGCAUUUUGCCCAGUCAAGGCGGAAAAGGAGGAGAGAAAUCAGCCGAUGAGAAAGAAAAGGAGAUCAUACAACAGCAAGCUGAACUUCAGGCCAAUAUACUCAACAUACUAAAUGGCGGGAAAACUGUACAAGCACCGGCCCCUGUCCCACAACCAUCUUCAAGUGGCGGGAUUAACUUCGACAACCCAAAUGUACAGCGUGCACUAGAUAAUCUCAUCUCCACUGGGCCAAACCUCUUGGCUAAUCUAGGCGGAGAAGGUACCAGUACUCCAGCUGCUUUACAAGCUGCAGCUAAGGCCAGUGGGGGCUUAACUGCUAUAGCUGCACAAUAUGGCCAAACCAUGGGGAGCCAAGGUGUUCCUAGAAGCGCAUACGGUGGUAACCAAUCAAACAUUAUGAGAUAUUAAUACAGUGGGAUGGACCAAGGACAGUAUUUUAACAGUCAUUUUAAGAUUAGUUAAAUGUGUAAAUACAAGAGACAUUGGAAAUUAUUUUCAUACAGUGACAUUCACAUUAUACUUACCUGUGUUCAAUAUAUGAGCAGUUUUAUUCAGAUCUGCCGUAUCAAGUACACAAGAGUAAAUAAACAUUUGAAUGAAGAAAAAAAAACUACAAUUAUGUAAAAUGAUUAGUUUAAGUCACAUUUCAUUUUUUAUUGUAUAAGCAUUUCAGGUUCAUUUUUUUAGUAAGAUAGUUUAAAUGUUGUAAAAUGUGUACUUGAUUACAAAUAAAAUAUGUGUAUUAAAACAUGGAUUUAAAGUUUUCCC